CUUACCAAGUGCCACAUCAGUUUUACGAUAUUAGCUCCGUAAGGUAAAAACCAUAGUCAGUGAAACGAUUACAACCACCGGAAGCAAGAGCAGUGCAAACAUGACGGAAUUACCGAGAGUGUCACGAGCUAUGCGGGCCAACACGGACCUGGACAUGCAUCGAAAUCUUACCCUAGAUCCCAAAGAACGAGCCGCGAUACAGCUGUUCCGCAAGAAGGAAGUUACUAGCGGUGUAUCGUGGAAAGAGCUAAAACUGUUCAUCAAUAGCAAUGUGGACCAAAAAGUUGGCGGAAUCCUGUCGAAGCAGUUCCGAGACCUGUGGGAGAUGAGCCGUGAAAUGGUAGGAACGGAAGAAAAUGCCGAAUUGAUUGAUGAAGCGGCAAUACUUGUGUUGCGGUUGUUCCUCGAUCAGAAGGUCGUAAUGAUGAAACAUUCGUCCAAGCUUAAGAAAAUGUUUGGUCAGGUACCGAACGCUCUCAUCAACAAAAUGUGUGCGUUGGUGUACGAUAUUAGUAGUAGUUUAACACCGGAAUGUCGGGAAUAUCUCGAAGAGAAAGAGAUCAGCGAAAAUGGUCACGCUGAGGAAUGCUGGGGCGAUGAUAUAGUGUGUAAUUUGUCCCUCGAUCGGAAUGAACACGACCACAGUAAACUGAUGGAUCUGUCUCCCACCAACCCACUAGACAGUCAGGUGGCCCAAAGCUUUACAAUGAACUACGAUGCUAUCCAAAAGACUUCCGAACCAGUAGCCGGAUGUUCCGGUACCUCGGCUGCAGCAAAGCAACAGCCGGAAAAGUACACACGCAGUUGGCUAGCCGCCCAAGUUCCACCCGACCUGGUGGACAAUCUAAUGGAGCUGCUAAAGUCGGCAAAAACAAACGACGAGCUGCAGAUGGAUUUGUUCGACUUUCUCGGCGUCGAAUAUUUGGAGGUGAUAUCGGAAAUGUUGCAAAAUCGCAAACAUCUCAUCGAGUCCGUGAAAGCGUUGAAGCAAAUUAAAGUGAUGAAAAAGAUACAGCAAGAUCUAGAAGCUAUGCAGCACGCACCGGCCUAUCUGAUGCCCGUAACGAUACAGACAGAGUCACAGAAACAGAUGCGCAAGCAGGUGAGCAAAGAGCAGAAAAAGUUGAAGAAGUUCCUUAACGAAACGACCGCAGUCGAGAAGGGUGAUUGCGUCGAGGUGGAUCCCGUUCAGCUGCGUUUAAACUAUCAGAAGAGCUUGAUGCUUGCGGCACAAAUGCCACAAAUGAUGAUGGAAAAGAUUAAAGCCCGUGGUGUGCUGCCCAUCUCGAAACCACCCACCAAGCAGGUCAAGUACCCGAACGUGUACGAUUCGUACAGUGAGGCACGCCAACAUGUCGGAUUCAUCGCGGGCAAUAAGAUUGUUCUGCCCGACAACGUAGAGCGAACGGAUAACAAGUUGUACGAAGAGGUGCGUAUACCUGCCACCGAUCCGCCGCCUUUAACGAUCGGUAGCAAUCGGAUCAAAAUAAGUUCACUGGAUGAAAUAGGACAGACCGCGUUCAAGGGAUGCGAAGAGUUGAAUCGCAUUCAAAGUGUUGUGUUCUCGGCGGCGUACAACAGCAACGAGAAUUUGCUCGUAUGUGCACCGACCGGUGCCGGUAAAACCAACGUGGCCAUGCUGACGAUCGUCUACACUAUCCGGCAGUUUGUCGACCAGGGCGUUAUUCAUCGCGAUCAGUUUAAGAUCGUGUAUGUGGCACCGAUGAAAGCGCUGGCCUCUGAAAUGACCAGCAACUUCGGCCGUCGGUUACAACCGUUGGGUAUAUCGGUGCGAGAACUUACUGGAGACAUGCAUCUAACGAAAGCUGAACUACUACAAACACAGAUGAUCGUAACAACGCCCGAAAAGUGGGACGUGCUGACGCGAAAAGGUGCCGGCGAUGUGACAUUCAUCAGCUUGGUGAAGUUGCUCAUCAUCGACGAAGUUCAUCUGCUGCACGGAGAUCGAGGACCCGUGGUGGAAGCUCUAGUGGCCCGUACGCUUCGAUUGGUAGAAUCGUCCCAAAGCAUGAUACGAAUCGUUGGCCUUUCGGCAACACUCCCGAACUACAUCGACGUUGCCCGAUUUCUACGAGUCAAUCCAAUGAUCGGGCUUUUCUUCUUCGAUUCUCGCUUCCGUCCGGUUCCACUGAGCACCAACUUUGUGGGCGUGAAAGCUCUAAACGCCCUGAAACAGCUUUCCGACAUGGAUAUGGUUUGUUAUGAGCGAUGCAUCGAUAUGGUUCGUCAGGGACAUCAGGUGAUGGUGUUUGUGCAUGCUCGAAACGCUACCGUACGGACGGCCACACUGAUUAAGGAUUUAGCGCAGCAAAAAGGACACAUCGCUCUACUCCUACCGGAAAGCAAUCCUGAGUAUGGGAAUGCCAUAAAAACAGUGUCGAAAAGUCGCAACAAACAGCUGGUGGAUUUGUUCCAGAAUGGACUGGCAAUGCAUCAUGCCGGUAUGUUGCGACAGGAUAGAAAUUUGGUGGAGAAAUAUUUUGCCGACGGGAUGAUUAAGAUUUUGGUGUGCACGUCUACCCUUGCUUGGGGCGUUAACUUACCGGCGCAUGCCGUUAUUAUCAAGGGCACGGAAAUCUACGACUCACGACACGGUACGUUCAUGGAUCUGGGUAUAUUGGAUGUGCUGCAGAUAUUUGGUCGAGCUGGACGGCCGCAGUACGACAAGAGUGGCGUUGGUACGAUCAUCACCACGCACGACAAACUGAACCACUAUCUGUCGCUGUUGACAAACCAGUUCCCGAUCGAGUCGAACUUUAUCCAGUGUUUGGCGGAUAACCUGAAUGCCGAGGUAACGCUGGGAACUAUCAGCAACGUAGACGAAGCGAUCGUAUGGCUAAGCUACACGUAUCUGUUCGUUCGUAUGCGAAUGAAUCCACAGUGCUACGGGCUCAACUACGAUGAUCUGCGUGAGGACCCAUCGCUAGAACUGAAGCGCCGACAGUUGAUCCACACCGCUGCGAUGGCACUGGACAAAGCGCGAAUGGUGCGGUACAACGAUCGUACUGGGGAUUUGAACGUAACGGAUCUCGGUCGAACGGCGUCCCAUUUCUACAUCAAGUACGACACGGUGGAAGUGUUCAACGAGAUGCUAAAACCGAUUAUGACUGAUGCAGACAUUUUGCAGAUGAUGUCAAAUGCGCACGAGUUCCAGCAGCUGAAGGUACGCGAUGACGAGAUGGACGAACUGGACGAGCUGACACAGAUUUGCUGUGAAGUUCCGGUCCGUGGCGGGAGCGAGAACAUUCACGGCAAAGUGAACAUCCUCAUGCAGACGUACCUGUCGAAGGGUAUAGUGCGAUCGUUCUCGCUAAUGUCCGACAUGUCGUACAUUACCCAGAACGCGGUCCGAAUCGCUCGAGCCCUGUUUACGAUGGUUUUGAACGCGAACAAUCCUAUCUUGGCGGGCCGAAUGCUUAAUGUGAGUAAGAUGUUCGAGAAGCAGAUGUGGGAAUCGCAAACGCCGAUGUAUCAGUUCCACAUACUGCCGUUGGAUGUGGUGGACAAGAUCGAAAAGCGAGGAUUAAGUGUGAACGCGCUGCGGGAUAUGGAAGAGAAGGAGAUUGGAGACUUUCUGCGGAAUCACCGGUAUGCGAAGAUUGUGAAGCGGUGUGCGGAGGAGUUCCCAAUGCUGGAAAUCGAGGCCACGCUACAACCCAUCACUAGGACGGUACUGCGGAUAAGGGUGUUUAUAAGGGCUUCGUUCCGGUGGAACGAUCGUGUGCACGGGAAGACGGCUGAAUCGUUCUGGAUAUGGAUCGAAGAUCCGGAGAGCAAUUACAUCUAUCACACGGAGUACUUCCAGAUUACGAAACGGCAAACGAUGCGCCAGGAAGAACAGGAACUGACCAUGACCAUACCGCUGAAGGAUCCUUUACCGCCGCAGUACUACAUCCGAGUGGCUAGCGAUACUUGGUUGGGUAGUAACAAUCUGGUUCCGCUUUCCUUCAAACAUCUCAUUCUACCGGAAGUACAUCCUCCACAUACGGAACUUCUCCCACUGCAACCGCUCCCGGUGACGGUGCUGAACAAUCGACAGUACGAGUCACUGUACAGUUUUACCCACUACAAUCCCAUUCAAACGCAAAUCUUCCACUGUCUGUAUCACACGGACAACAACGUACUGCUCGGCGCACCUACCGGGUCCGGUAAAACAAUUGCUGCAGAAAUGGCAAUGUUUCGCGUGUUUCGCUUACUUCCGACGGGCAAAGUGGUGUACAUUGCACCGCUGAAAGCACUUGUCAAAGAGCGUAUGGACGAUUGGAAGGUGCGGAUCGAGCAAAAGCUGGGCAAAAAAGUGGUCGAACUUACCGGUGACGUUACGCCAGAUGUACGAGCAAUUAAGGAAUCGUCCGUGAUAGUAACGACGCCGGAAAAAUGGGACGGUAUUAGUCGAUCGUGGCAGACGCGUGAUUAUGUGCGUGAUGUGGCGCUGAUUGUGAUCGAUGAAAUUCAUCUUCUCGGUGAAGAUCGUGGUCCAGUGCUGGAGGUGAUUGUAUCACGUAUGAACUUUAUUUCAUCGCACACCGAUCGAACGGUACGGAUCGUUGGACUUUCGACGGCACUGGCAAAUGCACGCGAUUUGGCCAACUGGCUCGGAAUAGAUACGAUGGGGCUGUACAACUUUAAACCUUCCGUUCGGCCGGUACCCCUAUCCGUGCACAUACAGGGCUUCCCAGGCAGACAUUACUGUCCGCGUAUGGCCACCAUGAACCGACCCGCCUUCCAAGCAAUCCGACAAUAUUCACCAUGCACUCCGGCACUUAUAUUCGUAGCAUCCCGUCGACAAACGCGUCUCACAGCGCUCGACCUAAUUACGUUCCUUGCAAGCGAAGACAAUUCCAAACAGUUUCUUCACACGUCCGAAGAAGAGAUGGAACUGAUUCUGCAGAACGUGCGGGAUAGUAACCUGCGGCUAACGCUAGCGUUCGGGAUCGGUAUGCAUCACGCCGGUUUGCACGAGCGCGAUCGUAAAACGGCCGAGGAACUGUUUUUGAAUCGAAAAAUUCAAAUCCUUAUUGCAACGGCCACACUAGCGUGGGGCGUUAACCUUCCGGCGCAUCUAGUAAUUAUCAAAGGCACGGAGUAUUAUGAUGGAAAGUUGAAACGAUACGUAGAUAUGCCCAUUACGGAUGUGUUGCAGAUGAUGGGCCGAGCUGGACGUCCCCAGUUCGGUAACGAGGGUAUUGCCUGCGUGUACGUGCAGGAUACGCGAAAGAACUUUUACAAAAAGUUCCUUUACGAUCCAUUCCCCGUGGAAUCGAGUCUGCUGGCAGUGUUGCCAGAUCACAUUAAUGCCGAAAUCGUGUCAGGAACGUUGCGCACAAAGCAGAGUAUCCUGGACUAUCUGACCUGGACGUACUUCUAUCGCCGAUUGCUUCGCAACCCUACCUAUUACGGGUUGGAAAGCACGGAAAUGGAGAAUGUAAAUUACUUCCUUUCCGAGCUGAUUGAAACCGUAAUCGAUAAGCUUGUCCGGGCAGGUUGUGUGAUGGUGGAGGAAGAUAACCGAUCACUGUUUGCGACAUCGAUGGGUCGCAUUUCUUCCUACUAUUAUCUAUCGCACAUCACCAUGCGUCACUUUGCCGAUACGCUGCGACACGAUAUGAGCAUGGAGGAGCUGCUGCGCGCGAUGGCUGAUGCGGCCGAAUUUGAGGAACAUCCUGUCCGUCAUAACGAAGACUUGUACAACGCUGAUUUGGCCAAACUAUGCCCGUUAAAGGUGGAUCCGUUAUCAGUGGACAAUCCGCACACGAAAGUAUUUCUGCUUUUACAGGCACACUUAUCGCGACUACCCUUACCAAACUCUGAUUACGGUACAGACACGAAAUCGGUGCUCGAUCAAUCAAUACGUAUACUUCAGGCCAUGGUCGACAUAAGCGCGGAAAGAGGGUGGCUUGCAACAACGCUACGGAUACAGCAGCUGAUGCAGUGCAUAAUCCAAGCACGCUGGCUAGACGACCCUGUUGCCAUGACGCUCCCCAACGUGGAAGCGUACAAUGUGGCUAUCUUCAAUCUGAUAAAAACAGAGCUGCCAUUCCUUACGCUUCCGGCGUUGAAGGAAAAGUGUAACAGGAAGUACGAAAAUCUCGCCGCACCAUUAAGGCAAGAUUUUAAGGAACCGGAAAUUGAGCAGAUUUACAAGGUAAUAAGUGAGCUGCCCUCACUCAACGUGCAGAUAUCGGUGCGCGGACCGUACGGCAAGGAUGGCGAUGUGGACCGACCCGUUCAGCAACCGAUGAACCGUGACCAGUGGAUGGAGCUGUAUGCCGAUCAGGAGUAUGUGGUUUGCGUGCAGCUAAUAAGAUUAGGAUCGUUCGAUACGCUCAACAUCCACUGUCCGAAGUUCCCGAAGGGAAAGGAUGAAGGAUGGUUCCUAACGCUGGGCCAUCAAGCGGAGGGAGAAGUUAUAGCGCUUAAGCGGUGCGUGUACCGUAGCAACCGGAGUACGCAUCAGUUGUGCUUUUAUGCUCCUUCACGUAUUGGGCGUUGUAUAUAUACAGUGUACCUGCUUUCCGAUGGUUACAUAGGACUGGAUCAACAAUACAACAUACAGUUCGAAGUGGUUCCACCUCCGGAAGGUGAGAAGGACGGCGUGCAACAGGUGUUUGGUAAAGGUGAAGGAUUCUGGUGA